CGUGUGCAUAAGUACAUCUCUUAAAGACGGCAACAACCUCUUGACUGUAUGGAACAGAAGAACAUAAUUGUCUGAAAUCCGAUAGAUUUGAUUUUGUUUUAUGAGAGACAGAACUACUGUGAUACCAAUAGCUGUGAUUAAUGGGAGACGGAAGAGAGGGAGAUUGGGAGUGCAGUAGCUGUAAUAACAGAAACUACGCAUUUCGAUCAUUCUGCAACAGAUGCAAACAACCUCGUCUUCUUGUCGAUGCCAAAACUCCCGCUCACUCCAAAUGGCUCCCUCGUAUCGGCGAUUGGAUCUGCACCGGUUGCACUAACAACAAUUAUGCAUCAAGAGAAAAGUGCAAUAAAUGUGGUCAGCCGAAGGAGAUAGCAGCAAUGCCCGCAAUUGCAAUCACUGGAGCUUCUCUUCCGACUUAUACGCAUUAUUUUUCCAGGGGCCCGGCAGGAGGAUCGGAAAGCAAGAUGAAUGUUCUAAGACAGCCGCUCCUUUUGACUUCAACGAGGUCCGAUGGAGGAGAUGUCGAUAACUAUGGACUUUGUUCUCUUUCUUCCUGGCCUUUAGGUGGAAAUCAAAUUUUGGAACCUUUAUAUGCAAAUCAGCCUCUCUCAGUUGCAAAAGGAUGGCGAAAUGGGGACUGGAUUUGUAAUUGCGGUUUCCAUAAUUAUUCUUCACGUGCACAGUGUAAAAAGUGCUAUGCUUCUAUACCUCCAGCACUUGGAACAAAGCGACUGGCAUCUGAAGAUUUUGCCCAGGAUUUGGAGAACAAGAGAUUGAAUUUAGGAAAUAAUGUGCAGAUAAAUGGACAACAGCAAACAUAUCCAGGAUUCGAUCAUAUAUUAGGGACCAUUGGGAUUCCAAGGUCAGGGAUGAAUGCUCCCUAUCCCAGUCUUGGCUUAGGUGUAGCUCCAAAUUGGCAAUCACCUAUCCAGUUUCCACAUCAAGUUACAACACCUGCACUCCUUGGGAAAGGAGCAAAGCAAUGGCGUAAUGGAGAUUGGAUGUGCACAAACUGCAGCAAUCAUAACUAUGCUUCUCGAUCACAGUGCAAUAGGUGCAAGACGUUUAGAGAUAGGGUUGUGCAGCCAGUCGAUGCUGUAUAGCUGUGAGUUGAUGUUUAGAUUAUUGUCCUUGCUGAGGUUUCUUUCAUUUUUACCGCAAUGUUUGAUCUUGAAGAGCUGGAAUUCUUUGAUACCCAUUUCAUUUCAUCCCAUACGUUAAUGAUUGUAGAAAUUAGCAAAAUUUUGGUCGUUGAAAUACCAAAUAAUGUACUGAAAGCUUAAAUUUUCUUAAUAUGAAUAGAGUUGAUGUGAGUCACAUACCAUUUCGAAGGCA